UCAUUCAGACCAUCACCUGCUUCAUGGCUGCAUUCAAACCAGUGAAGGUUCUCGACCAGUGCAAAGUCGCCCCACCUCCAGGCUCAGUCACUCCGACCUGCACUACUAACCCUCUUUCGUUCUUGGAUAUAUUUUGGUUAGCACUAACACCAGUGGAAACUCUGUAUUUCUAUGAAUUCCCCAACCCAAUAUCUCAUUUCACUGAAUCUCUCCUUCCCCAGCUCAAACACUCACUCUCUUCCACCCUCAUCCACUUCUACCCUUUAUCAGGAAAUAUCUCGUGGCCUCAUGAACCCAAUCAGCCUAUGAUCUGUUACACUGAAGGAGACUCUGUCUCUUUCACCGUUGCUGAGUCCGACGCAGAUUUCUAUCAUCUUUCUUCCAAUCAUCCAAAAGACGCCAUAGAAUCACGCCUAUUAGUGCCUCACUUGUCUACAUCUGGACCUAUUCUCCCCAUUUUAGCAAUACAAGUUACAGUUUUCCCAAAUACUGGAAUCUGUAUUGCGUUAGCACGUAACCAUUCUUCUUGCGAUGGAAGAGGAUUCAACCAUUUCAUGAGGACAUGGUCUUCGAUCUCCAAAUUAGGAGCUCCAUCUCUGUUACCUGAGUCCCUACCAUUCUUGGAUAGAACUGUGACAGAGGAGCACGACGAUGGCAUGUUAAAGAUGUUCAUGGACAUGUUGGAUAGAAUAAUGGGUUCAGAAUCAGUUUCUGGGAAUCGAAUUUUAAGAGCGAUGGAUUCGGAACUCCAACCCAACAUGGUUCGAGCUACGUUUGAGCUAAAUGAAGCAAACAGUAAGAGACUCAAGGAAUGGGUUUUCGCUCAAUACAAGAAAGACGAACAAACAGAGACAAGAAGAUCAAUUCCCCCAUCAAGAUUGGUGGCGAUGUGCGCUUACACUUGGAUUUGUUUGCUUGAAGCAGAAGCAAAAACGGGUGAGUCCAACACUAACAAUAUGACUCUGUUUGGGAUUAAUGUCGAUUGCAGGGCUCGGCUGAACCCUCCAAUCCCAGAAACAUAUUUGGGAAAUUGCGUCAGACCUUGUGUGGUGAUUGCUGAUAAGACUGAUUUGAUGAGAGGAGGAGGUGGAGAAGUAGGUGUGGCAGCACAGAUGAUAGGAGAUGCGGUUCAUGAGAUGGAGAAAGGAGUUUUGAAAGGCUUGCCGGAUACCGUUUCUGACUACUUUGAUUUGCCGCCGGGUCGAUAUUUGGCAACUGCAGGGUCGCCACAGUUUGGGUAUUACAAGACAGAUUUUGGGUUUGGGAGGCCAAAGAAGGUGGAGAUGGCAUCCAUUGAUAGAUCAGGAGCCAUGUUUCUGAAAGAGAGCUCUAAUGAAGACGAUGGGAUUGAGUUUGAUUUGGUUCUCAACAGACAGGAAAUGGAUGCCUUUGUUUCUCUGUUUGCUGAUGGGCUUAAUGCUCUGAGUGAGUAUUCUUUAUGUCCCUCAACCCCUCGUUCCCUUCUCUAGGCCAAAAGUCCUCGGGGUAGAAGUAUUUU